AUGGCCUCGCAAAACUACCCUUCGUCCUUCGACGACCCCCUCCAAGAUAUGUCCGUCUUGGAAAAAAUAUGGUACCGUUCCAAACAGCAGCCUCUAGUCCCGCUAGGGUGUCUUGCCACCACGGCCGCAGUCAUUAUGGCCGCUAAGGGCGUCCGGACGGGGAACGCCCCUAAGGCCCAGUUCUGGUUUCGGUGGCGGGUGGGGCUCCAGGGCCUAACCUUGGUUGCCCUUGUCUUUGGGUCGCUCUAUUACGACCAGCGCAUUGCUGGGGCAAAGAAGACCGAGGAGGAGUUGGCCCUUGAGAAGGCCAGAAUGAGAGAGAAGCUCUGGGUUGAAGAAUUGGAGAGGAGAGAUACCGAAAUGAAGGAAAGACAAAAACGGGCCGAACUUGCCAGAAAGAUGAUGCAAGAAGGGGCAAAUCCUGAUUCGAGUUCAAAUUCAAAUUCAAAUUCUACAUCUAACAAUGUCUGA